UACGACAGUGAGAAAGGACGAAUGAAACUUAAAAUAAACGACACAUUGCUCAUAUGGCCGGGAAACACAGAGAAGAAACCAGAAGGAAUCAUGAUCCCAACGCAUUUGAAAGUUUUAACGAUUGAGGAAAAACCGUUCGUAUAUGUUCGUCGAUUGCAGGACGAUGAAAUCGACUGCGAAGAUGACGAAAUAGUUUGUCCUCAUUUUAACAGCACUGACGGAAACGAGAACGAUUACUGCUGCAAAGGAUACUGCAUUGAUUUGUUGAAAGCACUAGCUCAAAGGAUUAAUUUCACCUACGAUUUAGCGCUAUCUCCGGAUGGUCAGUUUGGGCAUUACCAAUUGAAAAAUCAUACUACUGGUAUUGGUACUACAGUGAAAAAGGAGUGGAAUGGAUUGAUUGGAGAACUUGUUGCGGAGAGAGCGGAUUUAAUCGUAGCACCAUUAACUAUAAACCCGGAAAGAGCUGAAUUCAUAGAAUUUUCUAAACCAUUCAAGUAUCAAGGGAUUACCAUUUUGGAAAAGAAACCAUCUAGAUCCAGUACACUCGUGUCUUUCUUGCAACCUUUUAGCAAUACCUUAUGGAUCCUUGUUAUGGUUUCUGUACACGUCGUUGCUCUAGUACUUUACCUUCUGGACAGAUUUUCGCCGUUUGGUCGAUUUAAGCUCACAACCAACGAUGGUAAUGAAGAAGAUGCACUCAAUCUCAGCUCUGCCAUUUGGUUUGCUUGGGGAGUACUGCUUAAUUCUGGAAUUGGCGAAGGAACUCCACGUAGCUUUUCAGCACGAGUUUUAGGCAUGGUAUGGGCAGGAUUCGCAAUGAUAAUUGUAGCCUCAUACACUGCAAACUUGGCAGCUUUUCUCGUGUUGGAAAGACCAAAAACAAAACUCUCCGGGAUUAAUGACGCUCGAUUGCGCAACACAAUGGAGAAUUUGACCUGCGCCACAGUUAAAGGUUCUGCUGUGGACAUGUACUUUCGCCGUCAGGUGGAGCUUUCGAACAUGUACAGAACCAUGGAGGCUAACAACUAUGAGACCGCGGAAAAGGCUAUUCAAGAUGUUAAAGAUGGAAAACUAAUGGCAUUUAUUUGGGACUCUUCACGAUUAGAGCAUGAAGCUGCCAAAGACUGUGAACUUGUUACAGCAGGUGAACUUUUUGGCAGGAGCGGAUAUGGAAUAGGACUGCAAAAGGGCUCACCAUGGACAGAUGCAGUUACGUUGGCAAUUCUGGACUUCCACGAAAGUGGUUUCAUGGAGUCAUUGGACAAAGACUGGAUUUUCCAUGGAAACAUUCAACAAUGUGAACAGUUUGAAAAAACUCCAAAUACCUUGGGUUUGAAAAAUAUGGCAGGCGUGUUCAUUUUGGUUGGAGCUGGAAUAGUUGGAGGAAUAGGAUUGAUCAUAAUUGAAGUUAUUUACAAGAAACACCAAAUAAAAAAGCAAAAAAAGAUGGAUAUUGCUCGCAAUGCCGCUGACAAGUGGAGAGGAACGAUAGAGAAACGUAAAACAUUGCGCGCAUCCCUCGCCAUGCAAAGGCAAUACAAUGUAGGGCUAAAUUCCGUCUCGAAGUCAAUAAGUCAAGUGGUGGAGAAAACCCGUUAUCCAAAGGUAAAUCAACUGCCACGAGCACCGGAAAGAGCCUGGCCUGGAGAUCAUGAAAUAGCUCGUAAUAGAAGAACUAACGAUCAUUCGUUCAAACCGCCGCCAAGAUAUAUGCCAACGUAUGCAACAGAUGUUUCACAUUUAGUAGUUUAAACCAAUCGUAACAUCCAACAUUCUAUGUGUCAAAAAAAAUAACAAGAGAACUUUGCUAACCCCUAUAAAACCAUAAAACGCACAUAGUUAACCAAUAAAGCGCGUAUUUAACAAAUGUUGUAACCAAAAUGCUACAAAAUAAUAAAAACUAUAAAUUAAGUUUAA